ACGAUGCGCAGACACCACUUUACAACAGAGAAGUCACAACAAGAACUCCAGACGUUUUCACAGAUCAUAAGAGAGAGAUGCAGUCAAACGCAUCAUCAAACUUCUCCCAGAAGAUUGCAUUGCUAGAUUUUUUAGGGAAAGCACAUGGAUUUCUAAAACAAUCUCCGGUUUUCAGCGCUUUCCCAUUGAGUCUUUUAUUAACUGGAUUGGAGGAACUGAUGGAAAUACAACUUUUGCUAUGCCCGUGCAAAGUUCAGCUGAAUAAAUUGGUAACAGCAUUCAUCUUCACUGGACCUGCUUUAUUUUUAUUUUUUUUAAUGCUUCUAAUUUUAAGGCCUUUUAAAUAUAGAUGCGGUCAUUGUUGUGCAUGUGGAUGCUCCUGCAGUUGUACAAAUGCUGAUACUGAGCAGAACUUUAUGAACGCUUGUGUAUCUUGCCUGAUUCCACCUGUAAUGUGGACCUUCAUCUUGUUGCUUGAUGGAGAUUAUCUUGCAUGCAUCUUGACAACAUGGAAGGGAGUUUAUGUGUUUGAUAAUCAGCUCAACAGGUUGUGGUGUAAACCUACCGAAGGGUUCCGAAAUGAGACAGAGCUACGAGAUUUGACUCAAGAGUAUAUUCAUAUCUCUCGGCUCUCAGGUUAUAUUAUGAUCUCUGUUUUAAGUGUCUUGGCGUCCAUCUCAGUGGGUAUUAAUGACUGCUACAUAAAAUGUCGUGGACAAACAACAAAUACACAGAAUCAGAGACAAGGUUCUGCUAAUAUGGGACUGCACAACUUAGGGGAUUUUGCUACAGCAGUACAGACUCAACAAGGGUUAGAGAGUUCUGAUACAACAGGACACCAAGGGUCAAGGGAUUCUGCUACAACAGUACAGACACAACAAUGGUUAGGGAGUUCUGCUACAACAGGACACCAAGGGUCAAGGGAUGUUGCUACAACAGUACAGACACAACAAUGGUUAGGGAGUUCUCCUACAACAGGACACCAAGGGUCAAGGGAUUCUGCUACAGCAGUACAGACACAACAAUGGUUAUGGAGUUCUGCUACAACAGGAUACCAAGGGUCAAGGGAUUCUGCUACAGCAGUACUGACUCAACAAGGGUCAGGGACUUCUGCUACAACAGGACACCAAGACUCAAGGGAUUCUGCUACAGCAGUACUGACUCAACAAGGGUCAGGGACUUCUGCUACAACAGGACACCAAGACUCAAGGGAUUCUGCUACAGCAGUACUGACUCAACAAGGGUCAGGGACUUCUGCUACAACAGGACACCAAGACUCAAGGGAUUCUGCUACAGCAGUACUGACUCAACAAGGGUCAGGGACUUCUGCUACAACAGGACACCAAGACUCAAGGGAUUCUGCUACAGCAGUACUGACUCAACAAGGGUCAGGGACUUCUGCUACAACAGGACACCAAGACUCAAGGGAUUCUGCUACAGCAGUACAGACACAACAAGGGUCGGGGAGUUCUGCUACAACAGGACACCAAGGGUCAAGGAUUUCUGUUACAGAAUUAAAGAAACAACAAUCUUUUCUGGUAACCAAUUCUGCUAAAGUGGGUGGGAGACAGGACAAAUCAGGGAGUUCUGAUACAGUGGGACAUGUACAGCAAGGUUUAAUGAGUUUUGCUACAGCAGGACAUAGACAGUAUAAGCAUGUGAGUUCUGCUACAAUGUGUCCUCCUACAAUGAUGCAGGAGCUGCAAACUCUAUUGUCAAAGUCACAACAGAAGCAACAUUAAAACCCGACAGAGAAUCACCAUCUCCUAACAAAAGACCAGCUGUUAACAGAUUAAAGAGGUGGUUGACUGUUUUUUUUUUUUUGGUUUGUUUUUUUAUGUGUGUGUGUGUGUUUAUUAUUUUUCACAUAAUUUACGUUUAUUCUACACUGCUCUGUCCCUUCUACUAUGAAUGCUCUGAUGGGUUUUAUGAAGCCAUCCCUCAAAAAUACACAAUGGGCUCAGAUUGGUUAGCUGGUGCAGUGUGUAAUUCACUAAACUGCCUAGUGCAUGUCUAAACGUCACGCCCCUCAGAUCAGUUCCAUGUGCUCUGGUGUUGUAUUGUAAACACUGGUGUCAUCAAUAUUGCUUAUUAAUUUGAGCCCAAAUGAGACCCAAAGAUAUUAGUAAAGAGGAUUGUGCAUAACCUGUGCAAGCACAGCUCUUACAUGACAUUUCAGAAUGGUAUGUUUAUUUUAUUUGUUGUUGUCUCAUACUUUUAGAUAUUUGUAAAUGCUACUGCUUAUAUUAGCUUUUGAUAUACGUUUUUAUCCUGAUUAAAGUUUUAAUACAGCAUGGCAACUGCAUGCAAGUCCAUGUUUAAUGCUUCUUAUAGCUAUGUGAAAAAUAUUUGUCUGUCUAUACAAUAAAGUGUAUAAUUUGACCACAGUUUAUUGAUUGAGCUUAUGAGUUGAUGAUCAGGAAAGAGAGAGAGAUCAGAGCAGAGCAUGUGCAGAGCAGGGGGACACGAGGAACUGAAAUAAUGGUGUCUUCACAUGCUAUCAGAAAUUUCCUGUCUCCCACUUAUGAAGUCA